AUUAAUAAAUAAUUUUGUUAAAAUUAAUAAAUUUAUUCAUUCUAAAAUUGGUAUGAGUCAUUUCAUGACACAAGUUAUCUCCAUCUUGUUUAAAGUCUAUUCAUAACCUCAAAAAGUCAAAAACACGCCAAAACAACAAACAUAAAAAUCAUGAUAAUUCCGCGUUUUCACUUAACGCAAACCGAUCGUACUGUAACAAUAACAAUAAAAGCACCCUUUUGUAACUUGGACGAAUUAGAUACAAGUUGUGACGAUAACGUUUUUUUAUUCCAUUGCCUUCCAUAUCAUCUCCGGUUAAAACUCCCCGGAAACAUCGUUGAAAACGCCGAAUCUAAAGUAAGUUUUAACGCGGAUACAAGUGAAUUUAUUCUGAUUUAUGGUAAAGAGAAUGUUGGUGAAGACUUUCCAAACUUGGAGUUGAUUACUUCAUUGUUACAAUCGAAAGUUGAGGUUAACGAAGGUGGAAGGAAAAUCGAAAUAAUUGGUGAUGAAAAUGGGGAGAAAAAUGCUGAAAAUUGGGGUGGUGAUAAAGUGGGGUAUGGGUUUGGAUUAAGAGGUGGAUAUGAUUUUAGAAAUCUUCAUAAUGAGUUUGAUAUUUUUAAAAUAAACCCGCACGAAGUGAAAUUUGAAGAUCGGAGAAUUUUGAGGAUGCGGAAGGAACAAGAAGAUUUUAAUUUUGAACAUUACGCGGCUGAUUUAAUGGAUGAUGCGGAAAUUAGGGAAGUUUGUAAAUUAAAAUGUCCGUGGGAUGAUUUAAAGGAGUCGGAAAUUAAAUUUAGUGACGAAGAAUUGGAUUUUAUGAAAGAUUUGUUAAACAUAGAAUUUAAUUUAAGUGAUCAACAAAUUGUUUAUUGUAGAAAUAGUUUAAUAGAUAUCUUAUUUGCUUAUUGUUAUGAUGCUCGAACGACAGGUUUUGAAAAAACCUGCGAAUCUCAUUGGACAAUAAUUAAUGUUAGUUGUUCAUUAAGUUGGUUUGAUAGUUUUUUAAGCCCAAAAGAUGCGUUAGUUUCCGCAUUCCGGCGAUCAUUAAUUUACCCAAUCUAUAGAUCCUUUUUUUUAUGUGAACAAAUCCUUGUGGAUUUAAAAAAAUUGUUGAGUUUAGGCGAAAAAUUCAUUAUAAAAUGUUUAAUUUCGAUUUAUAAUAUUUUUUUACAUGACGAUUCUGGUGGCUAUAUUUUAAACAAUUUAUUUAUUAAGGAUUAUAUUGUUUAUAUUUCGAAAUGGAAUCAAAACGAAUGGGAAAAAAUCGUUGUUGAGGUCCAAAAUUUAACGAUAAACCGAUCAGAUUUAGGUAUGAAUUUAAUUGAAUUGGAAGGAAGUUGUUUAAAUAAUCUGGAAGAGUCGUUUAAAAACAUUAAAAUUAACGAAUAUGAUUCUGAUGAUGAUUCUAGUAGCGAUUCUUCAGAAGAUUCAUCUUUAAGUGAAGACGAAUUGAGUGAAUCUUAAUUGGUUUGUGUUGAAAUAAAAUUUUUUAUGUUAA